AUGUCGUCGCCGUCUUUGUCUUGUAGUGAAAAGGAUAUCCGGGUCGUAGUUGGCAUUGACGUUGGCUCGACCUUUUCAGGAAUCGCUUUCGCCGAAACUGCCACACCAGAAAAAAUAGAAACCAACAAUGACUGGCCUGAGAGAAAGAAUGAACCCAAAACCAAUACAGCACUUCAAUACGACGAGCAACUAAAUCUUGUGAAAUGGGGGUUCCCGGGACUGGCUGAAAAGAUAUCGAAAAAACAUAAGCUGACUAAACCUGUUGAAAUGAUAAAGUUUCAAUUGGUAAAUGACAGUAAUAUAAAUGACAGGAUUGCGACUGAAUAUAAAAUAUCAGUUUCGCUGCCGCCAGGAUUAGAUAAUGUCAGAGUAAUUUCUGAUUAUUUACGCGAGCUUGGAAAGGUAUUAAAAAACGCGUUAUCAACGAGGUGGCCGGAAUUAAAUUUCGAAGAGGAUGUACUAUUAGUUAUGGCUGUUCCAUCCGAAUAUAACGAGGAAUUACUAGAGACUAUGAGAAGGUGUGCAUUUGAAGCCGGUCUGAUUUCUUCAAUUACUUCCGAAAAUUUAGAAUUCAUACAAGACUCGGAAGCUGCUGCAAUCGCAUGUCUUGAGAUGAGCAAACAACAAAAGUUAUUAUCAGCUGGUGAAUCAUUCAUGGUAGUAGAUUGCGGUGGUAUAACUACAAACCUGUGCAUGGGAACACUCUUUACCAACGACAAACUGGGUGAAACAACUAGAACCACAACCGAAUUUUGCGGAUCAGCAUUAAUAGAUUACGAAUUCAAAAAAUAUCUCGGCCAAAAAAUAGGCGAAUCAGCUCUCAAAACACUCGAACAGAAGCAUUACCCGCAACUACAAUAUUUAAUUCAACAUUUUAGUAAAGAAGUGAAACAUCCAUUUGAUGGAAACAAGGAGACAUGGCAAACACGCGAAAUUGACCUUGAGGAUAUUUGUCCGGUGUCGAUUCAAUAUAUCGGCGAAUACGAAAGAACAGAGUUGGAGAAAUUUGAUUGGCUGAUAGAACUUGAUUUUGAACUGGUCGAAAAGUUUUUUGAAAGUGCUGUUGAAAAGAUAAUUCGGGCGAUUCAGGAGAAGCUUUCGGUUUUCUCUUCUACCCAUGGUCAAAAGAAAAUUUCGGCUAUUUUCUUGGUUGGUGGAUUCGCUGAGUCAAAGCAUCUAUUUAUGAAAAUAAGUAAAGAAUUUAAGGAUUCGGUCCGUAUAAUCUCUGUUCUUUCAAAUCCGAUCACAAGCGUCAUGCGAGGAGCAGUGCUUUCUGGAUUAAAGGAAGAUACCAGCCACACCCGAAUAUUAAAACGAACGUAUGGCAUUGAAAUUUGUCGUGAUUGGACUCCAAGCGAUCCAAUCAACCGAAAAGACGCACGCUCGUUAAUUGAUAUAUUUUCACCGAUAGUUAAACGAGGCACUAAAGUUUCUAUCGAUCAAGAAUUCAAAUUCAUUGGACAGCCUGCUUUUUCUCGUGCUAGCAGAAUCGAAAUUGGAAUUUUUUCGACAGAAUCUGACGAUGCAAAGUAUUGUGAUGAGCCUGGAAUGCAGUUUCUUGGGAAAUUGGAAAUUGACCUUUGGGACGUGCAUCUUGGUCUUGAACGAGACGUAGAGAUUCUAUUAAAGUUUGACAGAUUAGAGACAGUAGUAUCGGCAACGAGUCUUACUACUGGCGAAAUCGUGAAUACGAAAUUCAAGUUACAUGUUUAA